AAGGAUCAUGUGACGCGUGGUGCUGUCUGCGCGUCGUAUCGGUGUGGAGCUCCUCAAUCGGGCUGAAGCUUCUGGUUCGGCUGCGUACGGUAUUAGCGGCAUAUUCAAAGGGCCGACUGGUGCCGGGUGGAAGCAUACCGAGCAAGGCAGUUCGUGUGGUCUUUCAGACAUGGCCACUUUCGGGCGUUCUUCAAGAUGGGCUGGGUUAGAGAACCUGACAGCUGCUAAGAAGCCCGCCCCAGCCAGCCAGAAGGCAGCCACUGCUGGCCAGAAGCCAGUGAAACAGUCCUCGCAGCGACCACCACUGCGCCAGCCCAACAGACUGCCAGCUCCAAAGGGUACGUGCCGUCUCCAACAGAGCACGGCCAGCAAGCCGGAGGAUGUGGCCGCCCUGUCCCAGAGCCUGCAGAAGGCUGCCAUCAAUGCAGAGCAUAAGCCAGACGCUGAGGGACAGGCAUUCUCAGCCUCUUUGCUGCCACCUGGUGUGCCCGACAUAGAUGCGGGUGACCUUGAGGAGCCCCAAAUGUGUGCCCAGUAUGCACAGGAGAUCUUCGACUACAUGGCAUACCUUGAGAAAAAGUGGCCCGUAAGGACCAAGUUCCUCCAGAUGCAGCCGGCGGUGACCCCCGAGAUGAGGGCCAUCCUCAUCAACUGGAUGAUGAUGGUGCACCAGCGCUUCCAGCUGCUCCAGGAAACGCUGUUCCUUGCAGUCUCGCUCACCGACAGAUUCCUGCAGGAGCAGAGUGUGAGCCGUUCCAAGCUCCAGCUGCUGGGUGUUUCGGCCAUCUUUGUUGCUGGCAAGUUUGAGGAGAUGAUGCCACCCACACUUGGAGACAUGAUCUAUGUCACCGAUGGUGCGUACCAGAGCAAGGAAGUGCUGCGCAUGGAGCAGCAGAUUCUUCGCACGCUCAACUGGUCCCUGGGGCGACCCUCGCCCCUGCACUUCCUGCGCCGAAACUCCAAGGCAGCACAGGCUGACAUUGUGGAGCACAACCUGGCCAAGUUUGUGCUGGAACUGUGCCUGCUGGACUACCCCAUGGCAUGGGUGCUACCCUCGGAGCAGGCUGCUGCGGCCCUCUGCCUCUCCCUGCGAUUGUUCGACCGGGAGGGCCAGCACAGGUGGGGUGCCCUGAUGUCGUACUACGGGCGCUACACUGAGGAAGCUCUGCAACCCACCAUCAAGCGCAUGGCGGGACUUCUCCUCGAUGCACCAGAAAGCACCCACAAGGCGCCGUACGAGAAGUACAAGCACAGCCGGCUGGAACGUGUGAGCACAGUGAUAGUGUCCCAUGCUGCCAAGCUCCGGGUGAUGGCCGGCCGGCCCUGAGGAAAUGCAGAAGAUUUUAGUGGGAACAUGCUUCUACAGUGAAUACAUUUUUUUUUCUACAGCUUUGCAUGGAUGUCACCUGUGCAGGAAUUGGCAAAGCCCGUGAAAUGACACUGUGCCACUGCCUGCUAGCACUAUCACGUGGGACUUUCUGCCAUUGAUUGUACAUCUUGCACACUUUAUUUUUUUCGCCUGACUGCAUCAAAAAUAUGAACAUUGAAAAUAAAGUCAAGUGCAGCUGAU